UAAAUACAAAGUAGUCUUGAUAGGACGGUGGCAUGCGCCGCACCGAUUUUCACAGAGUCUUAGAGCAACGUCUAUUCGCGCGUUUUAUAUAUUAGUUAAUAUAAUAUAAUAAUUUUAUAAUUUAAAAAAAAAAAAACAAUCUAAUAAUUAUUUAUUAAAAAAAAAAAAUUGUGAAACAUAAGGUGUUUUUUUUUUAACAGUGAGACAAAUUUUUUAAAUUAAUUUAUUUUUUUUAUUUACAAUAAAUAGUAAUUUCUUAAAUUAAGUGAAAUUUUUUUUUUUUUUUUUUCAAUAAUUUAUUUUCAAUGUCAUGUUUUACAAGUGUAUAAUUUAAAAAAAAAUAAAAAAAGUGAUUGAUUAUUAUUAAUAUAUAAAUAGAUAAAAAAUUAAAAAUAAAAUAAUAAAAUAAUCUAGAUGAAUGUGAAACAAGUGUGUGUCAAUCGGCAAAAUAAAAAUGGAUAAGAUUGAGUUACUUGGAGAUGCAUGUUUCAGUCAUGGUCCAUACACAUUUUACAAGGCUGUGAGAAUUAGUAAUGGACGUGUAUUACGACUUGGUAAUUUUUUUCUAACAAAAUUAUGGACAGAUGCUGAUCUUGUUAGUAUUGGUGAACUACAAUUAUUAUGGCUUGAUAGUCGUGGUUCAAAUCAACCAUUAGCAUCAUUGAGACUUUAUUUUCUACCUGAAAAUACACCUGAUGGUCGACGAGAUACACACGGUGAAGAUGAAGUGUUGACAAUAUCUGAAAAAAUUGUUGUACGAGUGCAUGAUCUUGUAUCAUGGUUAUCACCAGAUUUAGAAUGGUCAUGUGGUCGUGAAGUUGCAUAUCCACCAUCAUCAAUAACAGGCACAUCACCAUCAGACAGUAAUACACAAAAAUUCAAUGGUACAUUACCAAAAAUAUUAACAGAUCCAUGUAUUGAUUUUACUGAUGUUGAUAAACAACAAAAAGAAUACAAAAGCAACAUAAAUAAUACAACAAUUGAUACAAAUAAUGAUGUAAAUAAUACAAAUAAUAAUGUCAAUCAAGCUGAUGAUAAUGAUAAUGACAACAAUGACAAUAAUGAUAUUAAUAAUUUACAAAAAAAAGUUAUUGUAUUGUCAUACUCAAGAUAUUGUAGAUACCGAGCAAUGUUGAGAAGAUUAGAAGGAAGAGAACCAGCUUGGUUAUGUUCAUCUGUUGCUGCAGCACUUGGUGGCUUUACAGCAUUACCAGGAACAAGAAUAUUAUUUUGCAGGGAUACAUUUGAUUAUCCUGAUCUUGAAACACAUGAAUUACUUUGCAAUCAUCUAGCACCAAAAUUAAAAGGUAGACCAAGAAGAAAACGUAAAAAGCGAAGUGUAUCACCUGGUGAAUCAAGUAAUGAAAGUGAAGCAUCAGUUGCAUCAACAUCAGUAUGUUCAACAUCAAAUUCAACUUAUGGAAAACCAUGUAAAACAACAAUAAUUGGUGGUAUUAAUAGAAAAACAGAAAGAAAAAUAACUGGUGAAUCAAGUAAUGAAAGUGAAACAUCAGUUGCAUCAACAUCAGUAUGUUCAACAUUAAAUUCAUCAUAUAGAAAACCACGUAAAACAAAAACUAGUAAAAUUGUUAGACAAACUGAAACUGAAGAACCAGAUAUUGACGAGAUUAAUUUUAUCGAAAAUGUUACUGGAUUUAUGAAUGAACGUGGUACACCACUUGGUAAAAUGCCACUAUUAGGAUACAAAAAAAUUAAUUUGUGGUUGUUUUAUUUAAGAGUAAGAGGAUGGGGAGGAUAUAACAGAGUAUGUGCGUUUAAACAAUGGAAAACAGUUUAUAAAGAUAUUGGGGGUAAUAUAACAUCAACAAGUGCAGCAACAGUAACAAGAAGACACUAUGAAAGAUUAUUAUUGCCAUAUGAAAGGUAUUUGAAUGAGCUAUCUGAUGAUGAUGAUGAUGAUGAUGAUGAUAAUAAUGGUAAUGCAACAAAACUUGAUGAAAACUCAAUUGAUAUUAAAGAUAAACAAUCAUCAGAAUUAACAGAUGAUACAUUAUCAAAAGAAGAUAUUAUUAAUGAUGAAAAAUUAAAAACAGAUGAAAAUGGUAAAACAUUAACAUCACUUAGAAAUGUUAGAGUUAAACCAGAACGUAUUAAAUCAUUAAAUACAAUAAUUGCAGGUCAAAAUGAACCACCAAGUCCACCACCAUCAUCAAAUAAUUCAACCUCAUCAACAACACCAUCAACAACACCAACUGGACAAUGUCAAGAAAGUGCAUUAGAAAAACAAUUAAAUAAUCCAUUAAUUAAUCAAUAUAAUAAUAAUUCAGUAUCAAUUGCAACAGUUACUAAUACAAAUACAACAACAGUUGUAACAUUAACACCACCACCAGAUAAUGAAGAUGUUAAACAAUUAAAAAAUGAUGUAAUAACACUACCAUUACCAGCAACAACAUCAUCAAUAAUAAUACCAACAGCAGCAGUAACAACAACAACAACAACAUCAUCAUUAACAACACCAACAACGACAACGACAACAACAAUUAAACAAACAAAUAUACUUGCACAGGGUAAAGAAAAUAUACCAGUAUAUACAAAUGAUAAAUUAACAUUACCAGAAUUAAUUGAUCUUGAGCCAGAAUUACCAAGUCCAAAAAGAUCAAAACUAGAUAUACUUAGAAAUGGUGGACUUGAAGUAACAGCUGUUGAUGUUGAUAUUAGACCAAGUGUUAUACAAGCAACAAUAACACCAGUAAAUGUUACAAUACCAUCUAAAAAUGAUAAUGAUAAUGAUAAAUUAAAUACAACAACAACAACAAUAAAAGAACCAACAUUACCAACAACAUCAAUAUGUGAUACCAAAUUAAAUAAUAAUAGUAAUAAUAAUGUACCAAAAUUAAUAUCAGUUACAGUUACACCAGAUAUUGGACAUAUAUUACCAACAAAAUAUGAUCAACAAUCAAGAAAUAUAAAAAUUAAUCAAAAUAAUAAUAGUAGUAAUAAUAAUAGUAAUAAUAGUAACAAUAAUAGCUGUAGUAGUAGUCCAAGAAUUAUUAAUCUUGGUGUAUCAAGUAAUUCAAAUUUAUUAAAUUUAUAUGGCAAUACAAGUAAUGCUACAACGACGACUACGACAACAACAACGACAGCUAUUACAACAACAUCACCAUUACCAUCAUCAGCACCAAGAUAUAAUCAACAAAAUGAUAGAAUAUUACCACUAAAAGUAACACAAUCAAGAUCAAUAUUUUCUCACAAUGAAAGAACAAUUUAUGGCAAUCCAAAGGAUAUAUUGAACCAGCCAAAAUAUCAAGCACAUCAUCAUCAUCAACAGCAACAGCUACAAUCACAACCACAACAAUUAAAACCACAAGUUAAUAAUAAUAGUAAUAAUAAUAAUAGUAAUGUUGAUAUAUUAGAUUUAACAUCAAGAAUUGGUGAACCAUCUAAAAAAUAUUCAAGACCAAAUUUGGAAAUAGUACGUGUACCAGUUGUACAAAGACCAAAUAUAUUGAAUUUAGAUAUUAAAAAAUAUAAUAAUAGUAAUAAUAAUAAUAUUGAUAACAAUGAUGGUAAAUUAUAUGAUAAUAAAAAUUAUUGUUAUAAAAAUAUGCUUGAUAAUAAUAAUCGUACAAUAACGACAAAUAAUUUGGAAAUAACACUUGUUAAUCCAAAACAACAAAGGCAUCAGGUUCAAAUUCCUAGUCAUAAUACAAGAAAUAUUACAACAAAUGGUGUUCACAAUAGUGUCAACAAUAAUAACAAUAAUAGUAAUAAUAAUAUUAAUAAUCAUAAUAGCAAUUUAAAUAACAGUGUUAGUAAUAAUAAUAAUAAUUCAUCAAUUCAACAAGGAAGAUAUUCUAGACAAACAAGUGAUAAUAAUAAAUAUUUAAUUAGACAAGCUGAUAAAAUGUCGUCGUAUUUAUCAAGAAAAGCAUCUCAAGUUAUUGUACCAAAUGUACCAAAUUUAAAUCAUUUACAAUUGCAACAACAACAACAGCAACAACAUCAUCAACAUCAACAACAACAGCAUCAUCAUCAACAGCAUCAACAACAACAACAACAACAUCAUCAUCAUCAACAACAACAACACCACCACCAACAUCAACCAUCACCUCAUCAUAGUAGUUAUCAAUCACCAAGACUUCAUUCUCAACAAUUACCAGUUGGUAAAAGAAAAUCAAAUGAUGUAUCAAGAGAUAAUCAUCAUCAUCAUCAUAAUAAUCAUCAUAAUCAUCAUCAAAAAAGAAUAGAACAUCAAGCAAGACAACAACAACAACAACAGCAGCAACAGCAUCAACAACAACAAGAUUCACGAAGACAUAGUAUGCCAAAUAUACAAUCUGGUUAUUCAUCAACAAAUAAUAUACAACAAAGUGGAAAUAAUAAUAAUAAUAAUAAUCAAAAUUAUUUACCACAAUUACAAAAUUCUGGUAAUAAAUAUUUACCACAAAUGAUUGAUCCUGUUUAUUAUUCAGCAUUGUACAGUGGUUUUUUACCACCAUUACCACAAGGACCAACACCACCGUAUUUAUCACCAGAAUUUAGUGCGUAUUAUAAAGAUUUGAUUGCUUCACAACCGAGAAUGUCAAUGCCAUCACAUCAGCCAACAGUACCAACGUCAAAAUAAUUUGUUUUAUUUUUAUUUUUUUUUAUUUUUAUUAUUUAUUGUUGCGUUUAAGACUGGAUACAAUUUAUCAAUAUGAUUAUUGAUAUGAAAUUUAUUAUAACUUUUUUUUUUUUGAACAAAAUUGUGUUGAAAUUAUAUUUUCUUUUUGAAAAAGUGUAUUAUCAAGAUGAUAUGGUGAUUAUUUAAAUUUAGGUGCUAUUUAAAUAUUAGCUAAUUUAUAAUGAUAAUAUUUUGAGAUUUUUUUUUUCCUAUUGCCUUUGGAAAAUUUUUUGCUAGAUGAUUUAUUUUUUUUUUUUUUUUCAUUUAUUUAUUUAUUUCUUUUUCAAUAAGUAUGCCAAUUGAAUUUUUAAACAUAUUAAUAGAUAAAUUUUUGUUUUCAAAUAACGUGAUAAAUCGCGCAAUAUUUUUUAUUAUUAAAAAAAAAUUAUUAACGUUAAUUAUUAGUCAAAUAAAAUGUUUAAAACAAAGUGUUAAAUUAGCAAACAUGCGAUAUCAUUUAAAGGCAAUUAUAAAGUGACUGUAAAUACGGUAAAUAAUAUAAUAAUUAUUAUUAAAUAUUAAUAAUAAAUAAGUUAGUUAAUAAAUAAGAAAUAAAACAUAGAAAAUUUGCGAGUAUAUUUGAAUUUUAAAAAUUCAAAAUUAAAAUUUAAAAAAUAAAUAAAAUACAGGUUGGAGAGACAGGCUGUACAUGAUUCUCGUGGCUCGCGUCGAUCCAAAAUAAUAAAAAAAAAAAAUAUAAAAAAAAACCGUCCACAUGAGAGAGAACGAGAUCCUGUCAAACAAUAAUUUUUUAAUUUAUUAUUGUUUUAUUAAAUUUAUUUAUGAGAAAAAAAAAAAAAAAA